AUGGGUAACAAGAACAUCAGAUCCAAGCAGGUGUCCGUUGUCCAACGCAAGCCCUCGAACGCCUCCUCUGUCUCUUCGAAGAUGGAGUCUGCCCCACUCAGCACCGUCAGCUCUGAUGACGUUUUUACUGAUAACGCCGGCGUCAAGCAAGCCGCUCUUGGAAAGGAGAAACUUGACAAUCAACCCAUUGGUCUCCCAUUCCGCUCUUACCAGACGGGCACCCUGAAGACCGACAACUUUGACCCGUCUCUCUCCGCCUCUGCUGGUCAAGCCUUGCCACCCACUAUGUCCAAGAAGAAACUCUCCGGUGCUUCGCCCGCCUUUGUCCCCGCCAACCGAAAGCAAUUCAAUUCUUCCCCAAAGUCUGUCGGACAGACUUCCGUCACUGGCCUCUCAUCCCAGUCCUCGCCAUCAGGCUACUCCUACAAACAAAGCUCAAGUGCCUUUACCACUCCGACCAAGGUCGCCAGCACCGUGGUCACCACUCCAUCCACCACUGGUUAUUACCGUUCUGGCUCCCCAGUCAAAGCACCACGUAGCUUCCUCACUCGUGCUGAUAAAUCCAAGAAGGAUAUCAUCAUCACUUCCUCCUCCAUCACCCACAACAUCGUCCGCAUUACGGAGAAACAGCUCCCAACUGGAUUUCCCUACCAACAUCGCUCCGAGGAAUUCAACCCCGAGAAAUACAAUGUUGUGGAUGUCGUCUCCAAGAUGGAUAUCAAGGAACGCAAGGACUUCUGGGAGAAAAACUGGAUCGAGAUCAUCGUGGACCUUGAUGAAUUCACCGACGCCUCGGACAGCAGCAAGGUGGAGAACAAGAGCCAGGGACUCGUCGUCAAGAAGCAGAAUCCCAUCGUCGCCAUGAUGGACAAAUUUGGGCCCGAGUUCUACGAAUACGCACACACCGUAUUCAUCACCAUCUGCAUCCCGGCCUCCAUGAGCACCAGCGAUGCCAACACCAACAAGACUACCACCGCCAGCUUCACCAAAGCCCAACAAGAAUCCGGUCCAUUCCAAGCGAUCCAAAGCCUCGUGACGGCGCUCCACCAAUUCACGCAGCUCACGCACCUCUCCAUCAUCCUGCGCACUCCCUCCAAUGCCCGCACGCCGCUCUCCCUCUCACAACUCAACCUCGCGCUCCCUUUCUACGAGCUGGCCUUCACGGACUGGGAUCUCAGAUGGCAGACGAGCUACAUGAGUCGAUCGGAGCAGGUGCGCGGUUGGCCAAUUACGUAUCUGGAUAAGGAACGGCAGAAGAUGGACAGGAUGGCGGAGAUGGAGUUGCAGGAGGUAGUGUUUAGAAGAGUGAGUCGGGCGCCUAUGGUGCAUCAUCUUCCCUUCUUGCCACGCGUUGAGAAGGCUCUGAUCUAGAGAUGACCAUUCAUUCAAAUUCCUCUUUUCGUCGAGGCAGGAAUGAAUCGUUUAACAGCGG